CGUCUCUCCUAAAUCAUCUUUUUCUUCCUUUUUGGUUGUAUUUUUGUUUGUUUUUAAUUAUAAAAUAUUUUUAUUUUUUAUUUCAGUAGCUUAUAUAAAUGGAGAUUCCUUCGGCUUCAUCUUCCUUGCCAGUUGCCACCAGACAUAAACACAUAAUACAUUUUUUGCAGCUUCAUGUAAUUCAACGAACCACCACUUUCUUGUCAUCCAAAUCAAAGAUAAUACAGAGUUUCUCUCUCUCUCUCUCUCUCUCUCUCUCUCUCUCUCUUUCUUUUAUUGAUUUCUCGAUAUCAUGUAAAUUUGAUUCCAUGUAUCGUUUCCCAGUUUCUUCAUCGAGAUUCGAUCUUCUUCUUCUUCUCACGAACCUCCUUAUUGGGUUUUCUUGCAUUUCUCUCUCUCCUGCUCUUCGCUAAACUUGAAUUGAGAGAUGCUCUUCAAAAUGGGUUUGUCCGGUUUGAAGUAGUUUAUGAGUUGUUCCCCCCUUAAAUCGGGUUUGAGCUCAAUCUUCUUCCCAUAUCGGAGAGUAUCUAUCACUGCAGAAGAACUCCAAGUGUUUGACGAAUUGACUGAACGAAGCAGAGCGAGUGAGUGUGGAAAGUCAUGGAAGAGACUUUUGUGCCGUUCGAAGGAAUCAGGAAUGAUCUUAAAGGGAGAUUGAUGUGCUAUAAGCAAGACUGGACCGGAGGAUUCAAAGCUGGAUUCAGGAUUCUGGCUCCCACCACAUACAUAUUCUUCGCGUCUGCGAUUCCUGUCAUCUCAUUCGGCGAACAACUGGAAAGAAGCACCGAUGGAGUUCUCACCGCUGUUCAGACCUUAGCAUCCACCGCCAUUUGCGGCAUGAUACACUCGGUUAUCGGAGGUCAGCCACUGCUUAUACUCGGAGUUGCAGAGCCAACUGUAAUUAUGUAUACAUUCAUGUUUAACUUCGCAAAGGCGAGACCUGAAUUGGGACGGAACCUCUUCUUGGCGUGGUCGGGAUGGGUUUGUGUUUGGACUGCUUUGAUGCUGUUUGUGCUGGCUAUAUGUGGAGCUUGUUCCAUCAUCAAUAGGUUCACUCGUGUAGCUGGGGAAUUGUUUGGACUGCUUAUCGCUAUGCUCUUUAUGCAACAAGCUAUCAAAGGGCUAGUGGAUGAGUUUCGCAUUCCUGAACGGGAAAAUCAGAAGCUCAAGGAGUUCUUACCUUCCUGGAGGUUUGCUAAUGGGAUGUUUGCUCUGGUUCUCUCCUUUGGCCUUCUUCUAACUGGACUUCGAAGCAGAAAAGCCAGAUCAUGGCGGUACGGAACUGGCUGGCUCAGAAGCUUAAUAGCUGACUAUGGUGUACCACUCAUGGUGCUAGUGUGGACCGGUGUCUCCUACAUUCCAGCAGGAGAUGUUCCAAAGGGAAUUCCCCGGCGACUUUUUAGCCCAAAUCCUUGGUCCCCUGGUGCUUAUGGAAACUGGACCGUAGUAAAUGAGAUGCUUGAUGUUCCCAUCGUCUACAUAAUUGGAGCUUUCAUUCCAGCAUCAAUGAUUGCUGUGCUUUAUUACUUCGAUCAUAGUGUAGCUUCUCAGCUUGCGCAGCAGAACGAAUUCAAUCUGAGGAAACCGUCUUCUUACCACUACGAUUUGCUUCUUCUUGGGUUUCUGACCUUAAUGUGUGGUCUUCUCGGAGUCCCUCCAUCAAAUGGUGUCAUUCCUCAAUCUCCAAUGCAUACCAAAAGUUUAGCAACUCUUAAGUAUCAGUUGCUUCGGAACAGAUUGGUUGCAACAGCACGAAGAAGCAUCAAGACGAACGCGAGUCUGGGACAACUCUAUAACAAUAUGCAAGAAGCUUAUCAUCACAUGCAGACACCAUUAGUAUACCAGCAACCUCAAGGUUUAAAAGAACUGAAAGAAUCGACAAUCCAAGCAACUACAUUCACAGGGAACCUCAAUGCUCCAGUUGAUGAAACUCUGUUCGAUAUAGAGAAAGAAAUUGAUGAUUUGUUACCAGUCGAAGUCAAAGAACAACGGUUAAGCAACUUCCUUCAGUCUACAAUGGUAGGAGGAUGCGUUGCAGCUAUGCCUAUCCUCAAAAUGAUCCCAACAUCAGUCCUUUGGGGAUACUUUGCAUUCAUGGCCAUCGAAAGCUUACCCGGAAACCAGUUCUGGGAAAGAAUCUUACUUCUCUUCACCGCCCCGAGCCGUCGCUUCAAGGUUCUUGAGGAUUACCACGCAACGUUCGUAGAAACUGUUCCAUUCAAGACGAUUGCAAUGUUCACUAUAUUCCAAACGGUUUAUCUCUUAAUCUGCUUCGGCCUCACAUGGAUCCCAAUCGCAGGAGUCAUGUUCCCUUUAAUGAUCAUGUUCUUAAUUCCCGUACGACAAUACAUCCUCCCUAGAUUCUUCAAAGGAGCUCAUCUUCAGGACUUAGACGCAGCAGAAUAUGAAGAAGCCCCUGCUUUACCUUUCAAUCUCGCAGCGGAGACGGAGAUUGGAUCCACAACUUCGUAUCCAGGAGACUCAGAGAUUCUUGAUGAGGUUAUUACACGAAGCAGAGGAGAGUUUAGACACACGAGUAGUCCUAAGGUCACGAGUUCGAGUUCGACUCCGGUCAAUAACCGGAGUUUGUCUCAAGUGUUUAGUCCGCGAGUGGGUGAACUCAGGUUGGGUCAGAUGAGUCCUCGAGUCGUCGGGAAUAGUCCGAAACCGGCGAGUUGUGGGAGGAGUCCCUUGAACCAGUCGUCGUCAAACUGAGAUUAUAUGUUCAGGAAGCUCAAUAAAACAAACCCUAUGAGGAUGAAUGUUUAAUUAGUUAAUUAAUUUGAUCUUUAGUUGUUAAAAUCAAAAAACAAAAGCUUCUUGAAUCUCUCUUUAGUUUAUGUGUUGUGUGUGUAUUAUGCCCCUUCUCUGGUGUUUGAUCUUGAGUCUUAUGUAAAAUUUCUUACUUAUUUCGUAAUAUAUGUAAUGAUAUGGGGCAAAUAUGUAAAAAAACUUAAAUGUUAACGGUAAGCAAGCUUUAUAUGUUUGUCUGUUUCACUCUUGUUACUCGGUCAAUUUUUACAUUUUCAACGGCUACA